AUGCGCUACCACAAGACCAUUGGUGUCUCGAUGUUCUAUCUCUUCUUGAAUGGCCAAGUGAACCAUGAGCCAGCAAUAAAGGAACUCAAUCGGUGGAGUGGAGUCAAGCUCUUUCCUAACGAUGAAAAGUUGAAGCACAGGCAUGCCCACAGUCGGGCAUGGAAUGAGACGUGGCUGUCUGCCUUCUUCAACAAGCCAUGUAACAACGAGCUCUUUGUGAUGCAAAGCUUGAACAUGGAAGUUGCAAUUAUGCAAGCCAGAGAGGACGGAGUAGAUUGGAUUUUUCACCUUGACACAGAUGAGUUGCUGUAUCCAGGAGGCACUGAAACAUUCAGCAUACAGGAGUAUAUGGAUGGGCUGGACCAUGAUGUCGAUGCCGUUGUGUUCCCCAAUUAUGAGGGCCUAGCUGAGACAGAUGACAUCACCAACCCCUUCACUGAAGUAACUCUUUUCAAGCGAAACUUUGCCCACGUCAAUUCAGAACAGUACUUCAAGAAAUACAAGAUGGUUGCAAGGGGCAAUCCAAACUAUUUCACAACAUACGGCAACGGCAAGUCUGCGGGGAAGAUUCAGCCACACUUGAGAUCCAAUGGGGCGCAUCGGUGGUACAUAUAUGGGAAGAAGCCAAAGGAGAUUACCUCCACAGAGCCCACGGUACUGCAUUAUGUCUACAACAAAUAUGCUGACCUCAAAGGCAGGCGAGACCGGUGCGAUUGUGCCCCCACUGACGAGGAUGUUAAACGGUGUUUUAUUCUUCCAUUUGACAGAGAGGCCUUUCUUGCAAGCUCUCUGAAGGAAGACGAGGAGCUUCGGCAAUACUUCAGGGAGAGACUUGUGUGGAGUGAGCGCGAUAACGUUAGGGAACUCCUUAAAUCUGGCCUAGUGGUGCGCAUCCACACGCCCCAGUUGUUAACACAAAUGUACAGCAAAAUGCCAGACGCUGGCCUCAUUCUUGCAGAGCCAGGAGAAUCGAAGACCACUGUUAUGGACGCUUACCAAAUGCCGGUAGAAGAAUGA